AUGGUUGUAAUUAAAAGCGGUGGUGAACUUACGAAUCAUACAAGAUUUAAGAGAGGUGUCAUUCAUCUUUACAAUAUGGUAGUGUGUGCUACAGGAUGUAAUCCUUUGGUAUAUAAAGGAUAUGGUUGUUAUUGUGGCUUCUUAGGAUCCGGAUAUGUCAUUGAUGGAAUCGAUCGGUAUAUCUUUAAUUUUGUAAUAUAAAUAAAAGUGUGUUGUAAAAUGCAUGAUUGGUGUUAUGAUGCUACAGAAUGUCCUAUAUUCAUGGAAUAUAUAGCACCCUAUUAUUGGAGAUGUUAUCAUGGUCACAAACCUGUAUGUGCCGUUGAGCAUGGUAAAUGGGGAGGAUCGGGAUCGUGUGCACAACGUUUGUGCGAAUGUGAUAGAUCAUUAGCAGAAUGCUUGCGCCGCUACCCUUGUCCAACUACAAAAGCUGUUUGUACUUCAUCACCUUGGAGACUAGUACAAAAUCUUUUCAUGAUUAUGUAA